AUGCCCGAGCUGGCGAUGCCAUCGUGGUACAACCCAGCGCAGGCGAGGCGCCCCGAGGGCGCCGAGGAGCAGCGCAGCAAGCAGGCGAAGGGCAGCGAGGGCAAAGGAGAGAAGCAGUAUGGCAAGUUGCUCUUGCUGGUGGCGCAGCUUCUUCUGGCGACCACUCGCGGCAUGGCGGACCUCGCGGCGGCAGUGUUCAUCACCUACGAGAUGAGCGCGGUGCAGGGAUUCCCAGCAGCGCUCGUAGCUGCGGGCAAACAGUACGACGUCAAGAGCAAGGAGCUGGCGGACCGCGCGAAGGCGGGCGAGAACGUCGGGCGCGGAUCACAUCGAGGACGAGGGCCGCCACACUUGCACAUCUUCGUGGCGGGCAUCCACUACAUCGCGACGAGGACCCACGCCGAGGGCGACAAGGCCGAGGAGGAGAAGCAGCUGAAGGCGGACGCGGAGGAGUUCUGGACCAACACCGUGGUGCACAGCGAGAUUCUGAAGCUCGGAGCAGCAGUGAAGUACGUGCGUCUCAAGUUGCUCAAGAAGGACGAGAGCGACCAACGUUGCCUGGUGAUCAUGCACUUCGACGUGGACAGCCCGAUCGGCAAGCAGGCGCAGGACCUUUUCUAG